GAUGUUUUUAUCUCAGGCGUAUCCAAUCGAAAAUGAUUCUUGAGUAUUUUAUUUACUGUCAAUUUUAUCUGUCCUUGAGGCAAUACAAUAGGAAGAGCUUUUCAGUCGAACCACAGUUGCAUGUGCAGUUAUUUUAAAUGUUUCUUUAAAGUAUUGUCAUAAAAUUAUACUCAGUAAAAUAGUGAAUAUAGCUUUCUACCAUAAAAUUUUAUAACAUUCUAUAUAAAAUGAUGUUUUUUAUGUCGUGUAUUGGUCGACGUUUGAGUGAAAUUAAAGUGUUUAGAGUAAGAAGCCAAUGGAGAUGCAUUUCCAACAGAAGAGAAAAAUUAAUAAGUUAUCAUCAUGAACCCGGAGAAACUCCUUUGAGUCCAUUGACGCUUGGUGAAGUUGUGGAUAUAGCUGCUGAUAAUUGUGGAGAUGACAUUGGUUUUGUUGUACCUUACCAAAAUAUAAGAAAGACGUUUUAUCAAUUUAAAACAGACGUAGAUGAAGUUGCUUGUGGUUUGCUGGGUUUAGGUUUACAGAAAAAUGACAGACUCGCCAUUUGGUCUCAAAAUUGCUACGAAUGGAUGGUUACACAAUACGCCGCUCUUAAAGCUGGUCUAUUAGUGGUUUGUGUAAAUCCAGCAUAUCGAGCAGCAGAACUCGAAUAUACCCUGCAAAAGAUGCAGUGUAAAGUACUUGUUGCAGGUGAAUCGUUCAAGAAGCAAUCGUAUUACGACAUACUUUGUGAACUUAUUCCCGAAAUUCCUAAUUGUAAAUCUGGAAAUAUACAAUCUCAAAAGUUAAAGAAUCUUAAACAUAUAAUUAAAAUUUCUGAUAAAUUGUUCUCGUAA